AUGCAGUUUGGAAGUUUGGUCAAAAUAAGCCGAUUCAGUUUCGGCAAUGUUUUAAACCGUUCUUACCGAGGGUCCACUGGAGUCAACCCUAACCCUACCCUUCUACAGGAACAGAUGAAUAUUAUCCAAGAUCCACCAGAAGUGAUCAGGGAGCAGGCUCGGGUGGGCGCUCUUAUAGACAUCUGGGAGAUUAAACCACGGGACGAUCUGAUCAAGGCUCUGAUAACUUUCUGGGACCCAGCCCGUAAUGUUUUUCGCUUCUCGGACUUUGAGAUUACCCCUACUUUGGAGGAGAUGGCUGGGUACAUUGAGUUUGGACGAGAUUUGAGGAAGCAACAGCUUAUAUUUCCAAGGGCUCCGUUUCGACACUCUUCUGGUUUGGAAGCACAUGAAAAGGGGUUGAGCAACAAGCAAGAUAAGGGUCGUUGGCAGAUUCAUCGCCAGUUUGCAUUUAUCGUGGCAUUCUUAGGAAUUAUGGUUUUUCCAAAUGAGAAAGGGACAGUUGAUAUCCGUAUGUCUGGAAUCGCACAAAUCCUCACUACCAAGGAAGACCAUACACUUGCUCCGUUAGUACUGGCGGAUAUCUAUCGAGCGUUGACCUUAUGCAAAGUCGGGGCUCAGUUCUUUGAGGGUUGCAAUAUCCUUUUACAAAUGUGGUUGAUCGAGCAUCUUCGCCAUCAUCCCAGAUUCAUGAGUUAUGGCUCGAGCCCAAAUAACUUCAUCACCAGUUACGAAGAGAGGGUAAAGGAUUACAAUGUGCCAGAAGGAUUUGAAGCAUGGGUGUCUCAUUUGAAAGCUCUCAAAGAAAGUCAAAUUGAGUGGUCUAUAGGAUGGCUCCCGAAGACAGAAGCCAUAUACAUGACUGCUGCUAAAGGCUACUUGAGGUUAAUGGGUGUGAAAAGUAUUCAGCCGUAUGCACCACAGAGGGUCCUGAGACAGUUGGGAAGGUAUCAGAUUGUGCCCGAAGAUGAAGAUUUAAGUACUCAGGUCAUAGAGUUACAUCCGGAAGCUGCAUUGCCCGAGGCUUUAGUUCAACAGGAUUGGAAUGCCUGCCGGUAUCUAAAGAAUGGCACCCAGGUACCAGAUAUUGCAAAGGGGGAAAUAGAUUCGGGCUAUGCUAUUUGGUUUGAGAAAAGGUCUUGUGUGAACAACGAGCCGGAACCCGAACCUGAGAGGCCUGCCAAAAGACCUCAUGUUCAAGCUUUUGAUGACAUAAUCCAAGAAAGAUUAGCACGGGGGGAAAAAGAAAAGGCAUAUCAAGCUGAGAUUCAUGCCCUGAAAGAAAAGCUGAGAAACAUGGAAUUCAACAAUGAUCUCCAAGCACAGGAAGCCGAAGGUCUCAAAGCCCAAAUCCGGAAGAUGAAACUGGCAAUUGAAAACUCCGGCAGGAGUAGAAAAGAUGAAAAGCUUAUCUACAGUCUUACCCUGAAGGCACGUGAUUCCGAGGAUGAUUUGCAAAAGCCUGAAGUGGAGCUAGCAAAUGCCUAA